CAACCGGUUGGUCUUCAAGUGCAACACCACAGUUUAAAGGAACAGUUUGACACUUUGAGGCGUACACUCACUCACUGCUGAACGUUGAAUGAAGGGGUUGAUUGUGGUCUGGACGAUAAAUAUGAAGCUACAGCAAGGAAAUGGUCAACUUAGCUUAGCAUGAAUACUGGAAGCAGAGGAAAACAGCCAGCCUGGAUGUGCACGUAGUCUUGUCUGCAUCAGAAGAGUGUGAUGCAACCAGUCAAGGCUCCAGGAAAUCACUCCUCCCACCGAGAAAUAGUUUGGACAAAACUCCAAUUCCCUGUAAGGCGAGGAACACGCUUUUUUCGGAGGCCAAAGCUCUGAAGAGGAGCAGAAGAGUUUCUCUAACGCAGCCCUCCACCACGUCUCGACUGAAACGAGUCUCUUGGGACACAGCUGCAAAGUUCAGGUGCACCACUGCCAGCGGCCUGACCUGCUUUAAGCCCAGAGACUGGACUAGCUUCCCUGCCAGGAGGAAGAUGGGUCUUUGGAUCAAUGUGAACUUGUUUCCUGUGCCCAGCUUCUGCUGAGAGAAGGUGAAGGUCCCCAGUCCUGCCAGGUGGACCCCCUAUUACAAUGGAUCAAUCAGUCAGUCUCACAUAGAUAGAUAGAUAGAUAGAUAGAUAGAUAGAUAGAUAGAUAGAUAGAUAGACUAACCUUCUGUAAGGUCAUCUGACGCUCAAUGUAGGCGGAUACCUCAGCCCAGAUACAGUUAAUAUCUGAAAAACACAUGACGUUUGUUUACAGUCCUGGAGAGGUUGUGAAUGACACACAUGUGCGUUGUAUUAGCAGAGUGUACGCAGAAAGUUAAGCACCGGCAGCUGAAUGGACAGUUAAACACGCUGUCAGUGGUUAACAAAAAAACUAAAAUAGAAGUUUUAUCCAACCGUUUUCAGACAGUUGGCAGAGAGUGGGUAAAGAGCGUCCGUCCGCUUCUGACACCAGCCGCAGGAUGUCAGUCAUCUCUGCAAAAAAUAUUUUAAAAAGUCCUCGCAGGAUGAAGGUUAGGAAACGUUUUCUUUCUACUGUCUUUUUCCUGCUCGCGUGCAGCUGCCAGAGAUCAAGACGAGAAGCGCGCACCGAUCCGGGUCUCCAGAGCGCAGCGGCGCGUCGGAAUGGCUCCGGUCACUACAACAAAACAGGUUUUCAGUUCAAGUUUCAUCCUGCUGUUGCUACACAAAGCUCUCGGCCAUGGAGGCCCGUGAAAAUCAUACUGUGCAGUGAGCGUAGUCAACACUUAAAUAUUAGACCUAGUAAUUAAAUAAAUUAUUGUAAUAAUAAUAAUAAUACAUGCUCCCCCACAGGCGAGACCCUGUCUGCUGCUGACAGUAAAGUGCAUGAUUUACUAACCGAUGUGAUGGUGACAGUAGGGAAAGUACAUUAACUCAAUGUGGUCAGUGUACAGUUCUGAGGUACUUGUACUAGAUAGCCCAUUGAGUGGAAAUGCAGUAUCUGCAUGGAGGCUACCUUGUUAUUCUCAAAUGGAAACUCCACUGAUUUUGCACACAAAGGUCAUGUUAUCGCGGAAAGUACCACUCAGUCUGGGAGAACAGCUGCAUGUCUGCUGCAGAUCUGCCCAAUAUUGGUCAAGUCUCCCAAAAGCAAUAAAACCCCCCAAAACAUUAUGAUGUUGUCAACGGUGCUAUCGGUUGCAUUAUGGGAAGUGACAGGAAGUGGAGCUUGACUCAUACUUAGGACUUAAAGUAAGGACAUCUCGGCCUCUGUCUGCCUCUUAUGAGUCCCCUGGCUGUAUGGAAGUGCAAUGCUAUAUCACUGGACUACUUUAAAGCAUUGGUUUUGCCUUGUCACAGCUUAAAAUGAAGCCGUCUACUUGGCACCCCUUGUUGCUGGUUAUCUGUUAACCCAAAAGUCCACCAGUCGCUACCAGUUCACCCAAACAGCAUUCCCCCACCCCCUUGUUUCAACUGACAACAAGCAAAAUCUAAACAUAUAACCAUAAUUUUGUAAUGAUAACGUUUUUUUUCUGCUUUUCUAACUGAUGAUCUCACGUUCCAUCAGAUUUUUCUGGAAGGAGAGGAAUAAAGGUUUGUGGAGGAACAGAAGAGUUAUUAUUAAAGGAGUCUCUACAGACGCAGCUGAGAGGUCCAGCUGCACAUCAGUUGGUGUGUUGCUGACAGGGGUCCAUAUGGAAAUAAUCUGUCGUUCAGUACCAUUUUGAGAACUGCAGCAGCUGGUUAUAAAAGGCGGCCGUAAGAAGACACGAUGACUCUUCUGGAUCCCUGAUGAGGAGGCGUUAUCAGGAUGACGGUGAAAAUGCUUCUGCCUCUUCUGCUUCUCCUCCUGACAUUACUGACAGGUGUGUGUCCCCGGAGACCCAGAGAGGUAAAUGUCAAGGCGGGUGAGAUGGUGGCGCUGCAGUGCCCUCAUCACAGAGGGUAUAAUCACGGCGAUGCCAAGCCGACCUGGACCAGUUACACCACCCAGCUGACGGAUCUCAACGCCAACACGUCCUCAGUGGAGCGGAGUCGGAUGGGCGUGCUGCUUCAUGGAAGAAGUCUUGUGAUUCUCAGUGUUUCUGUGAACCAUCAGGGGAAUUACUCAUGCUCUCUGGGGAAUGCCAGCAGACAGUUCUGGUUCAGGCUGACGGUGUACACGACGCAGACCGGAGAGUAUGAAGAGAGGAACACGUACUCUGCGAUAUGUUACAGAGAAGAUUCAUGCACAUUGAAUUGCCCUGAUGUAAAUGUACCUGCUGGAAAUAUCCCAAAUAUUACCAGCAACCCCAUUAUAUGGCACAAGGACGGUGAGUCAUUACCAAAAGCUGAUUACUUCCCAAGUGUGGAGGAGACUGACCAGGGUGUCUACACCUGUACCAGAUCUUACCUGUAUCAUGGCCAAACAUAUAACAUGACCUUCACAGUGGUGCUUGAUGUCCAACAAAAGAAAAAAACAGAGAAAUCUGCAGUGAUCAUUUCACCACACAUGAAUGAUGUGUUUCACGUGGAUUUGGGCUCGACGGUGGCGAUCCCCUGUAAAGCUGUUCUGUCCUCAUACUUUGACGAGGUCUUCUGGUUGAGUGGAGACUCAUUUGUGGAGAGAAACGUCAGCUUUCCAGUCUUCUACAAUUAUACAAUUGAAUAUGAUACUGAAGAGAUAAAGAUGACAGCGACUCUAGUCCUAAAAAAGGUGUCAGAGGAGGAUCUAUCAAAAAAAUACACCUGUAAACUAGACACUGACAACGAACCCUCAAGCUCUGUCACCAUCACCUUGGCCAAAAAAGCUUCUCUUUUCUCCCUCCACAUGGCUCUCGGCGCUGUGGCCAUCACGGUGGUGAUUGUUGCAACAGCAGUUGUUUAUGUGAAGCUGAAAAUGGACAUUGCUCUUCUCCUCCGAGACACUCUCGCCUGCUAUCGCAGCACCUUGGAUGGAAAGAGCUACGAUGCCUUUUUGAUGUGCUACAAGAGCGACACAGACGCAGGACUGAAUGAAGAUGACAGAAAAUGGCUGGAGUGUGCUUUGGAGGAGACAUUCGGUUACAGUCUCUGUCUUUAUGAUCGUGACGUCCUACCAGGGAAAGCUGUAGCAGAAGCAGUGUUGGACUGUGUAGAGCAGAGCCGGACUGUGGUUUUGGUUCCAACCUCUCCGGAUCCUGAUCCAGGUUCUGGCCUGCUGAACCACAUCCAUGCAGCCCUCGUGGAGCGGCAGACUCGCUUGGUUUUCAUCAAAACUGAGACAACAGAAGCCUCCAGAUCAGGUUCAUUACCAGAGGCCUUACAGCUUCUUGGCUUGGCUGGAGACUGCGUCACCUGGAAAGGUGUGCGCUCCAUGCCGCCCUCCUCCUCCUUCUGGAAGCAGCUACGCUAUCACCUGCCUGCCCCGCAGCGUGCACCAAAAAUUAGUCUUUUACCUCAGACAGCUGCGCAAUAAUAUUUAGCAAAGCCAGAAUAGAUAUAUAUCAGUGUUUUUAGUAUAUGAGAUAAGUAUUAUUUAAGACACGUCACACUGCAAGAUAGUUGACAGCUUUCAGAUUAUUUUUUAACAGAGAAUUAACUUUAACUUAAAUAUUAAUUGUUUUAAUCAUUUGUAUUUUGCUACAUAUUUUUAAGAUUUUAAAGCUUUUUACAGGAUUCACAAUUUACCUGAAAUAUCGUUUGAAGAUCAUCUCACUCACUGGCAAUUUGUUAAUUUCAUGCUGCUCUCCAUCCCUUCAUAACGUAUUUCCACCAUCCAGCCAUUUAUCAUAAAAUGCAAUGUCAUAGUGUUGCGUUGCCCCCUCCUGGUGAGCCCCAGCACUGCAUAUCUUGCAGGUCUCCUUACUCUGCCCACACAGGGUCAGCUCUUGACUGGUUGCACACAUCUCAUUGAGUGAAUUGGCCUUUAUCCCUGCAGACACGUUGACUGUUCAGCCAAGAAAAAACACAGGAGCUUGUGUUGUAACCUUAACAACCAGUAAAUCGUGUCACAGUGCCAGGACCUUGAAGAGGAGGGAGCUAAAUGGAAUUCAGCCAUCAUUCAUUUCAUCAUUUACACCUGCGCUUUUCUUCAGUGAAAAUAGUGCUAUCAAGUGUGGGCACUGAAGGGAAAGGGAAAAUAUGCAGUGGUGGGGUCCUCCUGACCCAGGAGUGGACACCACUGCCUCAGCCAUACAUUACUGAAUUGUUUAAAAAAAGCAGUUUUCUGUCAUUUCUAUUGUAUCAUUACCUUUAAACCUACAUUAAUAAAUGUUUUUAACAACAUGGAAUAAUAUAUGUAUU